GCGGCAACGUUCGGUGGUGGUGGCGGCGGCGGCGACGGAGCCACGCCGAGGUCCCGCGUCUCCCUUGGGUGGUGGUAGCGGUGGUAGCGGUGGGGGGGUUGGGGUUGGUGGGGGAAGCCCGCCACGGCAGACGAGUGCGAGAAGCGAGAGGAAGAAGAAGCAGCAGCAGCAGGGGAUGUGAAGCGGAGACGCCGAGGGCCACACGCGCGGAGGUUGCCCGAGCCAGUCCGCGAGGCCGCCACCAACACCGCCGACGUCUGCACUGCGCAUGCGCCCGGCGCCAACCGCCGAGAUGAGUUCCAGAAAAGUGUUGUCCAUCCAGGCACGCAAGAAGCGCUCCAGGGGCAAGCGUGGAGCCAAGACCCAGCAGCAGCAGAACAAGAAAGUGGCUCCAGUAUCGGAUGAAGAAUGCACUCCAAGGCCUGAGGCUGGCAAUAGGCAUGCAUCCCCUCCCCUGGAGGUUGCCCCACCGGCCGCCUCCACCUCCCGGCCGACCGACAUUCCCCUGCUGCCCGAGGGCCCAGCCCCGGCCCACGUGGCGGCCCCCCUCCUCGAGGAGGCUCCUUCCCGCUCGGUGGCGGUCACGGCGGCAGCAGCUCCGACCCCUCCCCUCGCGGACACCCCUUCGUGUGGAACGGCCCCCGUCCACGGGCCUACCCCGUCACCCCCGGCGGUGACUCCGCCGCUGCCCAUGGCCGCGCCGCCCUCGCACCAGGAGGAGAUCUUGGGCUCGGACGACGAGGAGCAGGAGGACCCCAAUGACUACUGCAAAGGGGGCUACCACGCAGUGAAGAUCGGAGAUCUCUUCAAUGGGCGCUACCACGUGGUGCGCAAGCUGGGCUGGGGCCACUUCUCCACGGUGUGGCUGUGCUGGGACAUGAUGGGCAAGCGGUUCGUGGCCAUGAAGGUGGUGAAGAGUGCGCAGCACUACACGGAGACGGCGCUCGACGAAAUCAAGCUACUGAAAUGCGUGCGGGACAGCGACCCGUGCGACUCGAACCGUGACAUGGUGGUCAACCUCCUGGACGACUUCAAGAUCACGGGCGUCAACGGCACGCACGUGUGCAUGGUGUUUGAGGUUCUCGGUCACCACCUGCUCAAGUGGAUCAUCAAGUCGAGCUCAGGCCUACCCACGCCGUGCGUGAGGAGCAUCAUUCACCAGGUGCUGCAGGGCCUGGACUACUUGCACACCAAGUGCAAGAUCAUCCACACGGACAUCAAACCCGAGAACAUCCUGCUGUGCGUGGAUGAUGCGUACGUGCGGCGCAUGGCCGCCGAGGCCACACAGUGGCAGCAGCAGGGGGCACCGCCCCCCUCCGGAUCUGCGGUGAGCACGGCUCCACAGGAGAAGCAGAUGGGGAAACUCUCGAAGAACAAGAAGAAGAAACUGAAGAAGAAGCAAAAGCGACAGGCGGAGCUUCUGACGCAGCGCAUGCAGGAGAUCGAGGAGAUGGAACGCGAGGCCGAGCGGCGCCGGCAACUCGACACGGGGCCACAGUCCCUCGAAAGUAAGCACGAUCAGGACGGGCCGCCGGACGGCCGCGAGCCUCGCUGCGCUACACCGACGCCUCUACUCGAGCAGCAACAACAGAUCGAGCCCCAGUGCAAGCAGGCGGCCUCCCAGGAAGGCCAGGGCCAGGUGGAGGACAGCCAGGCGAUGUGCAGAGAUGGCCAGGAAACACCUCGGCACGGCGCGUCCCAGAAGCAAGAAGGUCAGACCCCCCCGAACGAGGUUAGGAGCGUGGCGAGCGAGCCGCAGAGCCUCCCGCUGGACGGUCCGAAGCUUUGUGACGCCCAGCCGCCGCAGCAGCACGAGGCUAGGCCUCAGCGAUCCCCCCACAAUGCUUUGCAAGAAGAAGAGAAGGACUCCCAGAAGACGCAGCGGGAGGAGCAGUCGGGAGGGCGCGAGUCACGCAGCGCUCUCCCCAAAGAUGGCACCGAUGCGCAGCGGAACGCACGCACCGAUGACUCUCAGUCGCACGAGCCGCCGAGGCCCCUCGCUACGAGCGCUGUUCAGGACGCGCCGCUAGACUUGCGGGCCGAGGGCCAUGGUGCAGCGCAGGGCGACUCGGCCACAACCCAUACCGCCACCACCACCACCACCGUCAUGUCCCUUGUUGCAAGGGAGUGCGAGCGGCCGUCGAAGGACACAGUGCGGUGUGACGUGGACCCUCCCCAGCAUGCCACCGUGCCGCAUCAGGAGUCUGUGGAUGUUGCUGAUGAGGAUGAUGGCGAUGAAUCUGAGUCGAGCGAGACGAACGUGGCCUACGAGUGCGGCCAUGUCCCCGCGGACCCUCUGGACCGCAGCAGCAGCGGCAGCUGCUGCAUGAAUGGCGCCGGCUGCUCGCACGCGCCGGUGGCAACGGCGGCGGCGAUAGCGGACACAACGACAACGGUAAUUGCAGCGACGCUUAAGAGGAUCGUCAUCGCCAACGGGAAGACGCCCGGGCAGCUGGUCCUCGCCGAGGAGAACGGCUGCCUUGGCGACGAGAGCAGCGGCGGUUGCUACGACGACGUGGUCACCAGCGGGAACGGCGGCGGCCCGUGCGACGUAAGGUGUCGCGCGCAGCCGGACGUGGGGCCUCACGCAGGGCCCAACUCCGCGCUCCCCGCCUUGGGCUCCGCCGGAGCCCCAGCGAGACAACAGCGGCGGUUCAGUUUCCCGGAGGGGUGCGUGCAGUGCAACGGACACCUGCCCAACGGCCGGCACGGCAGCCCCAGCUCGCAGCUCUCAGGCGCCAGCUCCCUCCUAUCUGGUGGGCGCUCGGCCUCCAUCCUGUCGGGCAUGUCGAGCAGCUACUCGCUCUACUCGGAGUGCUCCACUGUGGUGGAUAGGGACGAGUUUGGGGAGGACGAGCCGGAGCGCAGGAGCCGCACGGUGUCCACCUCCAGCGUCAGCGACUCGGCGCGCAUGCCCUUGUGCGCCGCCGACCUUCUCGUCAACCCCCUGGACCCGCGCAACGCCGACAAGAUCAACGUGAAGAUUGCCGACCUCGGCAACGCCUGCUGGGUUCACAAGCACUUCACAGAGGACAUCCAGACGCGGCAGUACCGCUCGCUCGAGGUGCUCAUAGGGGCCGGCUAUGGCACGCCCGCCGACAUCUGGAGUACGGCGUGCAUGGCGUUCGAGCUAGCGACAGGAGACUACCUGUUUGAGCCUCACUCUGGAGAGGACUACUCGCGCGACGAAGAUCACAUCGCUCACAUCAUUGAGCUCCUGGGGAAUAUCCCCAGGCACUUUGCACUGUCGGGAAAGUAUUCGCGGGAAUUCUUCAACCGCCGAGGCGAGCUGCGGCACAUCACCAAGCUGAAACCGUGGGGGCUGUACGACGUCCUGGUGGAGAAGUACGAGUGGUCCCAACAGGAUGCCGCCCAGUUCAGCGACUUCCUCAUGCCCAUGUUGGAGCUGAUCCCCGAGAAGCGGGCCACCGCAGCCGAGUGCCUGCGGCACCCGUGGCUCACCAUGUAGUCACGCGCGCGGCGGACGAGCUGGCGCGGCGACCACACCGAAGCUCUUCACACCGCGCGCCCGUUCCCCCGCUACCUCCACCGCCCCACGCCCGGCACGGCGCACUCCUCCGUCUUGGGGAUAGAUCUUCCGUGGAUGGCGGUGGAAGCCAGGAUGAAGGACGGUGGACACACCGGCUGCGAGUUGGUUCGCUCUACCGUGCGUACGCCAAAACUGUGGGGGGGUGGGGGAGUGCACCGUUUCCCUGGCAGGCUGUCUCCGCCCUCCCUGCGUCUGUCGGCUCACCGGCUGGAGCCGAGAGGUGGGGGACAAGGCACUCGCCAACAAUAGGCGACGGCGCCGCCGCUGAACUCUUUCCAUGUGUCACGCGCCACUCUAUACCUUUCACCCUUCAGUACCGCUCGUUUUUGUUGGUGAAUAUGAGAAUUUGAGUAAUCGGUCAUUGGUUGAAAUGGAAGGCUGUUUCCAUGGGCUCCAAUUGGAGAGGAAGUAGUCGAGCGCUUGUGCGCGUGCAUCUCCUGGUGGAGGCGUCUCUUGAACCGUGGCUUCUGUAGGCGCCGUUCAGGCUAGCGGUCGUCGUUGGUAGAGCGUGAAUUUUUCUCUCUUCCCGCGAGCGAUUUUAAAAUCUUGUCUGCGCGUUCACUUCUUCCGCGAAGUUUCGAGCCCCACGCCGAGCGUCGCACCCCAGCAGCGCGUGUUUCACGUCACCCUGCACUGCCCUGCGCCACCGCCCUCCCCUGUGUGAAUAAACGAGGCAGUAAGUGACUGGCACCGACGCGGCGGCAUUUUCUCCAUGGGGGGGGGGGGUCCCCAACGUGAGCGUCGCACUCGGAGAGUCUCUCGGGCACACGUGACUUGUCGAUCGGGGGCCGGAGUGCCAGAGCACAGCACGAGGAGAAGGUGGCGGCGGAGGAAGAUGAUAAUGAUAGUAGAGCGGCCUUUCCUUGAGAAGGGGGGCAAUGACGACAGCGUGGCAAGACCAGAGUGUGGAGAGAGGGGACACGGAGGGAGAACAAGCAGCGACGUCUGUAGAGAAAUUGUGGGUCCUGACGGUGGCACCAACCAGGACCCAGUCCUGACAUUCAAUUUAAGCUCUUUCCCCAAUACCUAAACCUCACCCGUUAUCACAGCUCUUUUAAUAAGUUUGACCACAGUUUAUCCCUAGCUCUUGCCCUAAUAUUCUCUUAUGCACUGACCUUAGUCCUAAACCCCUUAUAUUUUGCAAGCAUUUCCUUGCAAAUAAAUAGAGAACAUUUGACAGAGAAGUCACUUUCAGGAGUCAUCAAAUGACUCCUGAUCUCGUUCAAAAACGAGCCAGUGAGAUGGUUCCUUGAAGAGUACCCCUUCUAAAAUGUUCUCCCACGCCACUGGGGUCAGGAUUCAAACUCGGCUGCUUGGUUGUCUACGUCCGUUAGCUGGUGGAGCCCCGUGUGCUGUAUUGCGUGAACAGAAUCGGUCUGGGCGCCACGGGCAGAGCAUCCCUUGCGCUCGUAUCAGUUUGGCUCUGACCUGUUUGGGUCAGAGCGCCUCGACCUCGCAGGGUGCAGAGAUUUACCGCGUUGAUGCAGGCCAGCUCAACGACUCGUGCCGCCAGGACAGAUUUCAUCACGCGAAUCCGCAAGGCGGAAUCGGCAGAAGCGCCCUUGCCCUGAUGAGGGUGGAGAGGAGUGCUUGGGUCGUCUUGUCGCUGUCGUGGAUUUUCGCCGCCGUGGAGUGCGGCGUUGGCGAGACACGUGCACGCGUGGGUAAGUUCCGAGGCUUUAUUAUUAUGAUAAUUUUGUUAUUCAUAUUAUUUAAAAUAAUUUAAGAUCAUCAACAACCAAAUACGUCUCAUCUCGCAGGUGUGACGCGCACAAUUCCGUGUGUUUCUUUAGUGAGGUCGCGUAGCGGUGUUAAUGGAGGCAGUAGCUGUUAUAUAUUACAGUAUACACAGUAUAUGUACAACUAGACGUCAUCGUUCCCUGUGAAUGCAUAUUAUAUACGCGAUACAGGAGGGCCACUGUUUACAAACAACAGGGAUGCGAGGAGCGCGCCACCCAAAAUCUCAUCGCCAGGGAAAACGACUGCCGUGGGCUUCCAACUCAGACUGGUGUGAGACACGGACACGAACUCUCACCUGGACAAACGAAUGGGCACUCGUGCCUCAUUGGGCUCUCACCUGUGCAAUUAAAUCAAAAUAACCACGUCGUUGGGGAGAAUAUAAGUAGCAAAAAUAAAUAAGCAGACUGUCCUGCUGCACAUAUCCGUCUCCACAUAAAAAAAAUAUUUUACAUCUCAUCAGCCACACGGCCUUCUGGGAAUACAUCGAUUCGCCACAAGCAAAACUGGACUGGUGUCGACAGUGAUGAGAGACAGUGAUUAGACACGAAGGCAAAACCAGCAACAUUAUUGCUUGGAAAUAAUGUUGCUGAAAUGAUGCACUUCCAGAAGGCCGUGUGGCUUAUGGGUUGUGUAAGAAAUACUUUUAUUAUUAAUGUGGAGAAGACAAAUAUGUGAAAUGAGACAUUUAUUAUUUUGUCACAUUCAACUAUCGUUGGUAAAACUAAUGGGCUCUCGCUUAAGUGGGUUCUCAUCUCACCAACCAGAUGGGGCCACUACCUGAUCUAAUAGGUCCUCACCUGGUCAACCGGCAUGUCUCCGAAAGCGUGCCACUGUUGAGUUGGCAGUCCCACUGGUCGUGUUUGUGGCGAGCGAGUCCUUGUGCUGCAGCGCCAGUAAAUCGGCAAGUCCGUCGGAUGAUCGCCGCCGUCACGAGCCCCUGCAACGUUUGGUCUUGGCGGGGCAACCGGUUUUGGGUUAAUCGGUCGUUGAGGUUUCUUCCAUUGGGUGAAAGUGGCUGUCAGAGAUUUUUAGUAUGGGACUUCUCCCUCCACCUUGGCGUUCGUUGUCGAUGGGGUCGGUGGGGAGGGAAGGGGGCGUUCUCAUCCCAGCUGCUCGCUUCCUCCAGAAGCCGCUUGGUGCCCGUGGGUCACCCAGUUGCCCCACGAGUACCAGACGUCACUGCGCGAUGUGUGAUGGGGGGGGGGGGGUGCAAGAUGCGAUGGCCGUGUGCCAUCGUUCCGCGGAGGUGGUUGUUGUGCGCGUGGUGAGGCUGUGUGCACAUGACGUGCGAGUUGUGGGUUCGCAGUUUCUCGGUUGGCUUGCCCGCACGUCUGUAGUGGGUGGGUGCUAUUAUGGUGUUUGUGCCAACACGGUGCCCACACGGUAAAUAAAUAUCUGCUUUUUAUAGCAAUUUGGUUGGCAUCGCGAUUUACCAGUAGUACGUUCCACUGUAAGCAAACCAAUAAAAUGUGCGCGGUGUUCCUGUGAGAUCACUGGCAUUUCACUGUGGUGGUGGCAGAAUAUCCACAGUAGUUUCCUGUUUCCAGUUCAAGAAGAAUUGGUUCAUGUUGCCAUUUUGCAGCAAUUGAUUGCUUCAUUUGUAGGCCACGUCUGUAAAAAUUAUUGAGGACUUCGACUGUCAUAAGAAUAAUAAUCAGGCGUCAGGGUGGCGCUCAGCAAGAAAUGUCCAGGUUCGAUUCCCUGCUCGUGCAUCUUUCGCGUGUGGAGUGUGUUCUCCCCCCCUCCUCCUGUUCUGCCAUAGUAAAAACAACCCAUACAAUGUAACUGGUCUAUAAUAGAGGUUUUUGAGUUAGAUCGCGUCACUAUAUAAAUGUGACGUUAAAAUCCACCACCACCCGACAAAGCCAACUAGUAAGGGUUGUCACGUAAACAGAACAUGCCAAUUCGUCACUAGUACAGCACACCGGUGUGUUGGAGAGCCGAACCACAACAUUUACAAUCUCAGAUUGUAAAUAUUAUGGAUGAUAUUGGUCGCGAAAGCCUACGCGUUAAACCAUUGUAACCAGUAUUGGCCAAAACAUCUCAAUGCUGAAAUUGUACCCGCAAAUUCCUCAAUUGGGUCGACACAUCCCGACUGCGAAUACUUGGCGGCAGCCUCCUGGAAAACGAGUCUUUGAGACUCGGUGAGGCUUUCCUGAGUAAACAAGCGUGCUUGUUGAGCUCCAUAUCCGUGGAGCUCCAUAUACGUGGUGCUCCAAGCCCAUGGAAUUCCAUGCCUGUGGAGCACUGUGUGCAUGGAGCUCAACGCCCAUGGAGCUGUGUGCGAGUGGGGCAAGCAUCCGUCCACAUUCACUUGGUUUGCGGUUGGAAGUUUGAGGAACCGUUCAAUUUACGAGGAUAACCUAUAUGUACGGUAUCCUUCGCAAUCACCGCAUCCCAAAUUGAUUUAGCUUAAGGAUAUGCGAUUAUAUUCGGAUGGACGGACGUGGAGCGCUGACGCGACGGUUUUGUGCACCGUACCGUGAACCCGGCGGCCGGAGUUCAAUUUCCGGCAGAGGUUCACGUCGACGGCGAGUAAUGUCUGAACAGGUCCUGGGUCUCCUUCCUCUCCAGUCUGCACUGGCAAGCGUGGUGAAUUAUAGUCCAACAAGUCCCCUUGAGACCUACACAUUAUAAUUGUAAUGAUAAAAUUGUUACACGUGUAGGUGUUGGCCUCAUAAAACACUGGCUAUUCCCCUGCACUGUUUUAAGUGAUUAAGUCGAUUUGAGUGUUUUAUGAAACUUGCCACUGGCCUUGACUGGGGUACAAUAUUUAGAGGGACGUAUACAAGAUGGUGAACUUCUUGGUCUCCUCUUCCACGCUGGCCAACCACGUCUCGGAAGAGGUGGGAUUAUACCCAGACUUGACAACCACGCCGCGACUUGCCGAUCGACUUGGCUCUGCCGUGCCCGUUUCUACUGCUGGGCAGACGGCACGCAUGAUAAUUUGUUUAGCAUCCGUUUAGAUCAAUAAUCCCAAACACUUCCCAUUUGAAUAAACGGCACCUUUAUUCGAGCAGCAAAGGGAUCGCGAGACCCAGUGACCGUGGUUGGUGUGCCGCCCGCUCCUCCGGUUGAGGAUGAAGUGGCGAUGGGCACCAGAGCGGAUGUCGCACUGAACGGCCCGCGGAGGGGCACCCGUUUAUUUAUUGAUUGUCAUUUUCUCCUUUUUUUACGUUACCUUUCCCCUUGGUGAUGACUUUUUAAGCGGAGAUGAUUGACGGGAGACGACGCACAGAGGUGGCAGAUAACACUGGAUGUUGCGCAGCGAGCGAGUUCGGGGUAUUGGAGGCACAGGGAUGGGAUGGGGAAAUCGCGGGUAAGGCUUCUCGUGAAACGUGUUCCCCGUAGCGUUAACUCUGACUGACGUUCACUGGCGGAGGUUACGUGAUUGCCACCCGCCAUGCGGAGAGCGCGCAUGCGGCGGGAAAGUGGCCUGUGUGCUUAGAUUGCUUUGCAGUGACUUGGCUGGCGGGCGGGCGAGCCAGCCAUGGUGUUGUGUGCCGUGUGACAGGGUCCAGCGCGCGCGUGUGUGUGUGUGCGCACGUGUGACAUUGCCACACGCACCACACAACACCCUUUGCGUGCGCGUGCGUUCGUGUAAAUACAUAGCACAGCCAUCCGUCCCACGCCGGACAGACAGCCGUGCUAUUACUGAAUCGCGGUGUCGGUGCUUGCCGUGUUGGAUAGGGGACAUUUAAAGAGAGGAAGCAGUGGCCAACGUUCGCUCAACUCACUCACUACUCGUCCACACGGUGAGGCUCCACCACCCCCACAAUGAACUCCACCACGUGUCCCGCGUAGCCCCCCGCACCGCCCCACGUACACUAGGUGAUCCGCAUUUAGAUUGGAUCGCAUCCUGGGAUUAAUUGAUAGGGAAGGCACAAGUGUUGGGGGGGGGGGGGGGCUCCGUUCUCCACGAGCGCAGGCGGCACCCGAACGAGAUGAAGCGAAUUCCGAUGGCGACGCGUUAUUAUAACAACAAUAAUAACAGUACAGUAAUAAUAAUAACGAUGAUGUUAAUACGUUUCUUCUUGUGACGCGAUGCGAGUGAGUCGUCGUGAACCGAUAUUACAAACAUGUCUUUGUGUCUGUUUGAUCAAAUAAAAUAUUGUUUUCUCUA